AAAUUUUUAUCAGUAAUUUGAUUAUGGUACAUCAAGAGGCACAAACAAUUAAUUCAUAUUUUCUAAUGAUUUUUGAAUAAUUUUAAACUUCACAGAUUGCAAUGGCUAGUGUUGAGAAGAAUAGCAAGGGCCUGGAGCUAAUGGACAUAGUCCAUAAGAAGAGAUUAAAGUUUGCAGGUAGCAUUGCUGACUUCAAAUUUUGCAAGAAGAGGGUUCAGGUCAGAAGCAAGUCAUUGGACGUCCCUGAAUCUUUUCAUUCAAUUAUAUAUUGGAUGUCUCGUGAGCAGCGUGUACAAGAUAAUUGGGCAUUCCUGUUUGCUCAGAGGUUGGCUCUGAAGAACAAAGUUCCCCUAAAAGUUGUAUUUUGCCUGGUACCAAAAUUCAUGGAUGCUACUUUGCGUCACUACAGUUUCAUGAUUCAAGGGCUGAAAGAAGUUGAGUUUGACUGCAAACAGUUAGGAAUUCCAUUCCACUUGCUGAUGGGGCAAGCCAAAGACGUUCUUCCUGCUUUUGUUACCAAGAACAACGUUGGUGGCGUUGUGACCGAUUACUCCCCGCUGAGAACCCCGAGGCAGUGGGUGGCAGAUGUGCUCAACAAACUUCCUAAAGAUAUUCCUUUGUGUCAAGUAGACGGUCACAAUGUUGUGCCAGUGUGGGAAGCUUCGCCCAAGCAAGAGUACGCAGCGCGCACCAUACGCGGCAAGAUAACCAGCAAGCUGGACGCAUACCUCACUGAAUUCCCUCCUCUCAUCGCCCAUCCCUUCCAAGACAAGGAGCAUGAAAUUCCAACGACGGACUGUGCGGCCGUGGAGGAGUCCUUGGAGGUUGACACGAGCGUCGGGCCGGUCACGUGGGCCCGGGGGGGCACAAGCCACGCAUUCGCAGUGCUCGCCUCCUUCUGCUCGCAACGACUCAAAAAAUUCGCUGAUAAACGCAAUGAUCCAAACGAAGACGCGCUUAGCAACCUCUCGCCAUGGAUACAUUUUGGGCAGAUAUCUGCGGCCCGGUGCGUGCUGGAGGUGCAGCAACAGAACAAGAGCUGCCGUAGCAGCGUCGAGGCCUACGUAGAAGAAUGUGUCAUAAGGCGGGAGCUGAGCGACAACUUCUGCCACUACCAGCCUCACUACGACUCCCUGCUGGGCACCUCGGACUGGGCGCGUAUCACCUUAGAUGAUCACAGGAAAGAUAAGAGAGAAAAAAUCUAUUCUCUCGCACAGUUUGACCGCGCAAAGACCCAUGACGACUUGUGGAAUGCUGCCCAGGUGCAGCUGGUGACGGAGGGCAAGAUGCACGGCUUCCUGCGCAUGUAUUGGGCCAAGAAGAUCCUGGAGUGGACCCCUGACCCCGACACAGCCCUCGCCUACGCCUUAUACCUCAAUGAUCGAUAUUCUCUUGACGGGCGGGACCCUAAUGGCUUUGUUGGCUGCCUAUGGAGCAUUGGCGGCCUUCAUGACCAAGGCUGGAGGGAGCGGGAAGUGUUCGGCAAAAUACGCUACAUGAACUACGCGGGCUGCAACAAGAAGAUGAACAUCAAGGCUUUCGUCAGCAAGUACAGAGUCAGGGAGGACAUGCCUGGUGCGACUAAUGUCAAAAACGAUCUCCAAGUUACAUCUACCGCCUUCACUGUCAACAAAAAGAAGCGUGAAGAUGAAGACAGCGUUCAAAGUGAAGCGCCAAAAAAGAAAGCCAAAACUGGUUCCCGAAACUCGAAGAAAAUCGUCUCUUUCAGUGACGAUGAUGAAUAAGAAUUACCAUUUUCAACCAAGUUUCAGUUAGCGUGAAUGAUAUUCUUUUGUUUGAGUUUGAAACCUGCAGUAAUUAGUUAAUGAUGUUGGGUGACAGGUUUCUGUUCAUUGCUUAGAGGUGAUGAAUAGUUUUGAAAGUAAACUUAUGUACUGCUGAUCUAAUUGGUCUUUUUGCAAGACUGAACUGCGGACAUUUUAUUUUGUUUGGAUUGGGAUAAUGUUGUGUUUGUUUUAUAUUUUCAUUAUUAAUAUUAUUAUUAUGAAUCAUGAUGUUGAUAAGUAAUCAAUAGGUUUUUUGGAAACUUGUUAGAAAUUAAGUCUUCUUUUUUUUUCGUCGGAAACCUUUAAUUUACUGAGUGUUGUCUCAAGUGAUUAGGAUUUAUUCAUUAGUUAAAUUUAUAAAACUGAACGUCAUUUCACGAUUUCCGUAGUUUAUCAACACAAGAGCUGUGACGAGUUGUACAAAUUUUAUAUGAAUACAAACAACAUACGGUAUAUUAUUAUUAGUUUACGCCAUUGGGUUCAGUAAUGCUUGGGUUCAGGAAUGACAAGUGAUUUGAAAAUGUUUGUUGUCUGUCGCUCUCCUUGCUUGUUUGACUUCAUUGUCGUUCAUUUCAUAAAUGGAACUAUAUUUUGUAUACGUACCUUCAAUCUGGCGUAAGCAGGAUUCGUAUGAAUUCGAAAAAUAUCGAAUACUUUUACAUGGGCACAAAAUUUGAAUGGAAAUGGGAGUUUGAAUGGAACAGUUAAUAGGUUGGUGAACUUUAUACUUACCAUAUUUUGCCGUGUGUGGACAGGGUUCAUGAAUUCUUAAAUUUAUGGAGUCAACUUCCAGAGAUAGGAUAGGUCAAUAGGUUCCUUCUCUUUUAGGAGUCUUUGAACAAAUAAUUGUUGGUAAAACUAUACACGAAGCUAAGUAUAGAUUAUUUUUAGCUGAUUUGAUCAGAAAUUGUGUUGUUGAUUAUUUUUUGACUGGCAGGCAGGGAUUGUUAUUAGUCGCAUGUGUUAGUGAGAUUUUGAGUUAAGAAUAUCAGUGACACAGAUUUUUUAGUACGAAACUUGUUCAAGUUUGAAACUAACCAUGACCUUCAUGCUAAAUUCACAAAUGUCAUCCAAUAUAUGCUACUUGUACCUGAAAUUAGCUGGUCUGGUGCUAACCAGUCUAGAUAGCGUCCAACACACUUGGAUGAACUUCAAUGCAACUAAGGCUUUCUUCUCUGGUUUCAGGCUUAGCACUGAGUACUCAAUCGACCUCGUUUGUUGUCUGCUUUCCUAUAGCAGCAUACCGUGUUCAGUUGUGCAAGCCUUAAAAGGUUAUUAAUUUUCGUUUUUAUAUAUUCUCGAAGAAGGAGCAACGCUAUCUUUAUACAGAAUUUAUUUUCAAGUAAAACUUCAUAUCACAUCUUACUUUAAUAAAAGAAUACAGA